AUGUCCAAAGACACAAACGAGCUCGAGCUUCUCUCGCAGCCUUCGCCCAUGACGGGCCUCAAAACGCUCCUGCUUCUCCUGGUCGGGCUGCUGGAGAUCAGCAAGGCGCCGCAGCCCGACCCAUUUUGCUACGCCGCUGCCCUCGCCGCCUGCCGGCGGGGCGGCCAGGCGGCUCGCGCCGUCGGCUUGCUCGCCCGCUUCGAGGAGAAGCUAGGGGGGGAGGCGGGCGGCGAGGACGCCCAGCAGAUGGGCGGCGGGGAGGGCGAUCCGCUACGGGCGACGGAGGGCGGCCAGCUGCGGGCGACGCUGGCGCAUUUGCGCGAGGAUCGGCGGUGGAGCGGCAUCGAGGGGCGCGGUUUGCUGCGCGGCGCCGACGCGAGCUCGACCGCGCUGCAGCUGCACGCCGCUCAGCCGGCUGCCGAUCUGGCGGGCCAGAUCGAGGCGGACGAGGCGCUGCUCUCCGCUCUCGCGUCGUGCGGCGCCUGCGCCUGGCCCGCCCUCCUCGCCGCCUAUGACGACCUCGCGCCCGAGUCCAAGGCACGGCGCCCCUGCCCCCCGCGCUGCACGUCGCUUUUGGCGGGCAGCUGGGCGGCGCGGGCGACGGACUCGGACCGCGCGCCGGAGCUCGCGGCACUCGCGGCGGCGGCCUGA